AUGAAUGCUUCCUUAAAUUUAAAUGCUUCAAAGCUUGAUUUACAAACAUUGGAAGAAUUACGAGAUCCAAAUUUGAUAAGUCGGUAUCCUCCUUUAUUUCAAAGAAAACAAACACUUUUGGAAAUUCCAAAUGGAGAUAAUUUGUUGAAACGUUAUAAUAACAGUGAUUCUAGUAAAUCAACAAAACGAUCAUCAAAAUUAGAAGAUGUUAAAACUCGACAGUUUCCCUCAUUGACACCAUCUUCAUCAUCUAUAAAUUCAAUUGAUCAAAAAAAACCACGACGUGGCUUUACUUCCAUUUUGAAAACAUUUUCGAAAGAUAAUAAAAAGAAAGAGAAACAAGAAGCAUUGAAAAAAAUAAUAAGUAAACCCAUUCCUCAAUCUCAGCAUGGUGUUCAGAAAAUUAAAGAGCAAUCACAAAUGACAGAAUCAAUAUAUACACAUUCAAUGUUUCCUUCGAAAACGAAAAGGUCUUUCAAAAUAAAAGAAGAUUCAAAUCCUGCUUUUUCAGAAGAUUAUACACCAAGGUCUGGUUCGAAAAAUAAAAAAGUUGUAACUAAUUUUGGUAUGAAUUUUCCAGUUUCACCAACGGAUUUAUCUGCUAUGAACAAUAUUGUAAUACCUCCAGUGGGUAGUAGUCAAAACAUUAGUAACCCAGAACAUUAUUCAAGUGCUAUAGUUCAUCCAAAUAUGACAACUCACUAUAAUACAAUGAAUAAUAUCAACAGUAGAAACAAUAUUACAUUCGCAAGAUACGACAUGAUGAACUUGGAUAAUAAUGCAGCGUUUUCACCUAUUGAUAUUGAAGAAUCGGCAUAUUUAUCAGCUCAAAUCAAUCCAUCUGAACAACAAAGCGUUUUGAAUUUACCAACUUCAAUUUUUAUGACAACAUCAAGUGAUUCUGAAGACAGUUAUUAUUCAAUGGUUGAAGUAGAAAGAAAUGACCCCAGUAAUAAAUAUAAUCAAAUUCAACGUCAAGAUUGUCAAAAACCGAUUAGAAACCACUCGCGUCGUUCUCAUGUGAGAUCACCAGCUUACAGAUUUUCAAAAAGAUCAUCUAUGAGACAAAAUCACAAAUCAAGUACUAUUCAUGAAGGUUUUUCCGGAGAAAGAAGGUGUUGA